CACCUGUUACUUAUUCUUUAGCGCCUCCGUCUUCCUCCUCUGCUACAGAUUUCAAAACCCUAGGUGAGGUGUAAGUGAGAGAGAGAGAGAGAGGCCAAACAAUGGUGGAGAAGACUAAAGGAAGAAAGGAAGAGGUGGUUACCAGGGAGUACACCAUCAAUCUCCACAAGCGCCUCCAUGGAUGCACUUUCAAGAAGAAGGCUCCAAAGGCCAUCAAAGAAAUCAGAAAGUUUGCCCAGAAAGCCAUGGGAACAACCGAUGUUAGAGUAGAUGUCAAGCUAAACAAACACAUCUGGAGUCGUGGAAUCCGAAGCGUUCCACGAAGAGUCAGAGUCCGCAUUGCUCGCAAGAGAAAUGAUGACGAAGACGCCAAGGAAGAACUUUACUCUCUUGUGACGGUUGCCGAAAUCCCAGCAGAAGGGUUGAAGGGGCUUGGAACCAAAGUUAUCGAUGAUGAAGAUUGAUUCAUCAAGUAAUAGUGUCUUUUUCUUGAAAUAUGCAGGUGAGAAUGCUUUUAUUCGAGUUCAGAUUUUGGGGAUGUUGGUCUUUUUGUUAUGAAUGUAGUAUUUACAUUAUAUCUUAAAGUCUGGAUUUUUGAUAUUUAGGUAACUUAUGUGUGUUGCAUGUUA